AACAGGGUUCGCGAUUAAGUAACAGCGGGAAGAGAUGGAGCGAAGCCCAAAAGGUUCGGAAAUUGGUGGAAGUGGCCGAAGUGCCUGGGACUGGUAAUCGAGCAACGUGCGCGGGUCGCGAUGCUCAGAAGUGUCGAUGUUCGCGGAUAAGCCGAGCCGAUCAGAUCGAAUCUUGAAAUCCCUCUUGGCAAAUGGGUCCGAACAGACACAAUUGGAUUGACUGUCUCCUUCGGAAGGCUGAUCGUGUGUGUACCUGGCAGUACCGCAGACGAUUGCUUCCAACGACGAAGUGGUUGAAGAGGGUGUGCUAAGCACGCGGGAUGGAUCUACAAGUGAGGGCGAACGUGUUACCGCUCGCGCUGAUUUGUCUGUUGAUAAGGAAAGGUGAUUUGCGCAACGGUUGCUUGAGGUGUCUCAAACGAUUCGAAGGACAACAGGGCCAGAAUUUUGAACCUCACGUCGGGGGAGGAGAGGGACUGAUAAAGAGCGCUCCCGCUGCUGUGCGGCCUAAACCAACCAGCGAGGGCGCGUGUGUUUCCGGCGCCAGUCCGCCGCCUAGACAGCUUCGGGCUGCAGGUCGGCGGCGAAGUGGGGAGGGGCAGGUGGCUGCUCCUCGGCAUCCACGCCUAGCAACAAUACAGACAUGGAUCAGACGGCUCACCACGCACUCGUUGGCUUAAACAGCGAUAUAAGCACGCUAGGAUCUUGUAGCACCUUCC